AUGGCUUCGUCAAAGACUCGUUCUCUGCCUCACCUUGACCCGGGUGAGGCCGUCUUAGUAGAAAUUGCCGCCAAUGACUCUCGAGAUACCGUGUCUUUCUCCGACAAAGAGGCGUCGAUCCUGCAGCUCCAUCGCCAGAUCCAGGAACAACAAUUAGAAAAGGCGCUACUUCAACAAGACUCUCAGUUGCUCUCUGGAGACAAUGUCGAAGAGCAGCUGGCCAUCGCUGAACGCGAGCUUCUCGAGGCGAGAGCUACUUACACGGUCAGGAGGAAAGCUGUCGCAAACAUCCUGAUGACUGACCCUACUCUCAAAGCUGUUCACCUGAAAGCGACGUCCCCAGCUGAACAUGAUCUUCUUCGCCUGAUUAACCGCCGGGAUGCACUUUCCCUAGCGCAUGAGAACCUCAACUCGGCGCACAAUACGACGAUGAAGAACCUAUCAUCCGUGGAGGUUGAAAAUCGAAAGCUUCAUAAAAAGAACCAGGAGCUUGUACGUGAACUACUAGAACUCACCAAGGAUGAUGCAUCAUGGAAAGAACGCCUCGAGGAUGAGGAACUGGUAUCGCAAUUGGACCAAGCAAAGGAAGAUCACAAGAAAAGCAAAGCCAAGUGGGAUAUCAUGAAAAAUAUAGCAAGCGCCAUGGUCGUUGGAAGUGGAAUAAAUUGGGCGGAUGACGAGGCCCUCACGGCCCUUGUUCUGGAUGAAUCUGAUGAGUGA